AUGACUACGACGGUAAAGUAUGCGGUGGCUUCGUCCAAAGUUGAGUUUGAAGCCAAGGUAACUCCGGUGGUUCUCAAUUCUUGCAUAAUGGCCGCCACCGGAGGCCUCAUGUUCGGUUACGACCUUGGGAUUUCUGGGGGAGUGGUGUCGAUGCCUUCAUUUCUUAAAGAGUUCUUUCCAGAAGUGUACGAAAGAACACAAAACAAAAAAGGAGACGACAACAAUUAUUGUAAAUACGACAACCAAGAGUUACAAAUGUUCACAUCAUCACUUUAUGUUGCUGCUUUAAUAUCAACAUUAAUAGCAGCUUACACAUCAAGAGUUUUGGGUCGGAAACAGACAAUGGUGAUUGCUGGGAUUUUCUUCAUUGUUGGAACUAUGUUAAAUGCUACUGCCAUUUCACUUUGUAUGCUCAUUUUUGGAAGAAUUUGUUUGGGUUGUGGAGUUGGAUUUGCAAAUCAGGCGGUGCCCUUGUUUCUGUCGGAGAUAGCGCCGUCGAGGAUGCGGGGAGCUUUGAAUAUGUUGUUUCAAUUUGAUAUUACGGUUGGGAUUAUGUUUGCUAACCUUGUCAAUUAUGGCACAUCCAAGAUUCAAUGGGGAUGGGGAUGGAGGCUAUCAAUGGCAUUGGCUGGGGUUCCGGCGAUGCUAUUAACCAUUGGAGCUAUCUCAAUUGAUGAUACUCCAAAUAGUUUGAUUCAACGUGGCUAUUUAGAGAAAGGAAAAUUGGUUCUAAGCAAAAUUAGAGGCACUGACAAGAUCGAGUCAGAGUAUUUGGAGAUUGUGGAAGCAAGUCGCAAUGCUGGAGGAGUCGAAAAUCCUUUUGCAAUACUUCUUAUCCGCCAAAAUCGACCCCCAUUAGUCAUUGCCAUACUUUUUCAAGUUUGUCAACAACUCACGGGAAUGAACGCAAUUAUGUUCUAUGCUCCAGUUCUGUUCAACACGUUGGGUUUCGGCAACGAUGCGUCUUUGUACUCCUCUGCGAUAACAGGAAUCGUUAAUGCCAUUUCUACAUUAGUCUCCAUUUACAUGGUGGAUAAGGUCGGCCGAAGACUCCUGCUGUUAGAAGCUGGAGUUCAGAUGUUCGUCUCUCAAACCAUCAUUGCGGUUGUGAUGGGAUUAAAACUCCAAGACGACUCUAAUAAUCUAUCACAAGGGUUGGCGGUUUUGGUGGUGUUGAUGGUAUGCACUUUCGUUUCGUCGUAUGCUUGGUCUUGGGGACCGCUUGGAUGGUUGAUACCAAGUGAAAUCUUUCCAUUGGGGACACGAUCGAGUGGGCAGAGUGUGACAGUUUGUGUGAAUAUGAUGUUCACUUUUAUGAUAGCUCAAUCUUUUCUGUCCAUGUUGUGUUAUAUGAAAUAUUGGAUAUUCUUGUUUUUCUCUAUUUGUGUGAUUGUAAUGUCAUUGUUUGUGUACUUUUUGGUGCCAGAGACAAACGGUGUUCCCAUCGAAGAGAUGACUGAAAGAGUGUGGAAGCAACAUUGGUUUUGGAAAAGAUAUAUUUGA